UAGAAUAUUGUCUAGCUGGCUUAUUCUAUUUGACUUAAAAUUAAUAUACAAAACUAAAAAAUGGUUGACGAAGCAGGGGAUGACUCACUUUAUCCUAUAGCAGUUUUAAUUGAUGAAUUAAGAAAUGAAGAUGUUCAACUUCAGUUAAACAGCAUGAGAAAGUUGUCAACAAUUGCUCUGGCAUUGGGAGUUGAACGGACUAGAUCGGAGCUGAUUCCUUUUUUAACUGAUUCUAUGUGUGAUGAGGAUGAAGUUCUUCUUGCGCUCGCUGAGCAACUUGGUUCAUUCACACCAUUGGUUGGUGGAAAUGCUUUUGCGCAUUGCUUGUUACCACCAUUAGAGAGUUUGGCGACAGUGGAGGAAACCGUCGUUAGAGACAAAGCAGUGGAAUCUUUACGAACCGUAGCAAAUGAUCAUUCACCUGCAGACCUGGAGACUCACUUGGUUCCUCUCAUAAAAAGAUUGGCAACUGGAGAUUGGUUCACAUCAAGAACAUCAUCAUGUGGACUUUUCAGCGUUUCUUAUUCUCGAGUAUCAUCGACUGUAAAACAAGAACUGCGAACAUUAUUCCGAAAUUUGUGUGGAGAUGAUACACCAAUGGUUCGGCGUGCAGCGGCUUCUAAACUGGGUGAAUUUGCAAAAGUUGUUGAGAAGGAUAAUGUUAUUUCUGAAAUUAUUCCAAUGUUGCACAAUUUAGCUAAUGACGAACAAGAUUCUGUGAGAUUACUUUCAGUUGAUGGAUGUGUGGCAACUGCAGAGUUACUUAAUGAACAAGAGUGUGAAAAAUAUUUGUUGAAUACCAUCAAAGAAGCGGCAACUGACAAAUCAUGGAGGGUACGAUAUGUUCUUGCUGAUAAAUUCACUCUUCUGCAGAAAGCUAUUGGUCCAAAUCUUACCAAAGAUCAUCUUGUACCAGCUUUCCAGUCUCUGUUGAGAGAUGUUGAGGCUGAAGUACGAGCUGCAGUUGCUCACAAAGUAAAAGACUUCUGUGAUCAACUACCAGCUGAUAGUCGAGAGACUGCUAUUAUGCAGAAUAUUCUUCCACAUGUCAAGGAACUAGUGGUCGACUCUAACCAACAUGUUAAAUCUGCUUUGGCCUCAGUCAUCAUGGGUCUGUCACCUAUCGUUGGCAAGGAUGCCACCAUCGAACAUCUACUGCCGCUGUUCCUGUCGCAGUUGAAAGAUGAGUGCCCUGACGUUAGAUUGAAUAUAAUAUCGAACUUAGAUUGUGUCAAUGAGGUUAUCGGGAUCGAUCAAUUGUCUCAGUCAUUGCUUCCAGCUAUUGUCGAGUUGGCAGAAGAUAGCAAAUGGAGAGUACGUCUUGCGAUCAUCGAGCACAUGCCUCUACUCGCCACUCAACUUGGUCAACAGUUUUUUGAUAAAAGACUGAGUACCAUAUGCUUGCAAUGGCUUGUCGAUCAUGUGUAUGCCAUUCGUGAUGCAGCAACAGUCAACUUGCGUAAAAUUGUUGAGUUUUUUGGUCCGGAAUGGGCAGAAGAAUCCAUCAUGACAAAAGUCAUCAACCUAUCCCAGGACCAAAAUUACUUGCGAAGAAUGACAACCUUAUUCUGUAUCAAUGAAUUGUCUUCAGCGCUAGGUCCUGAUCAUAUCACAAGACUGGUAUUACCGACUGUUCUAAGAAUGGCAAAUGAUGAGGUUGCAAAUGUGAGAUUCAAUGUCGCCAAGAGUUUGGGAAAGAUUGGAUUACUUCUGGAUGGAACCAGCGUAAGCUCGGAGGUCAAACCGACCUUGCAACGAUUAUCACAUGAUGCCGAUGUCGACGUUCAGUUCUUUUCACAACAAGCUCUUCAAAUUCUGGCCUAGUUUUCUCCAGCCAAUUACCUUGCACAUUACAAAUUAUACCCGGCUGUAAAGAAAAAACGAUUAUGUUCGAUUCGAACAUGAAACAUGGAUAAAGCAAACUUGAUCUGUUACCGUUCCUGGUUCCUCCUUCCUGUUUUUUAUAAUAUUACAGUCGGCGGAAUGUCGCCAUCAAUUUUUAUUUUGUAUAAAUUUAUUAUCUUGUGGGAAGAUUUCAGUCACCAAUAAUCAUUUCUCUAUGGUCGUAAUUAUAAGAACGUUCGACACCAAAUUAACCGAAAAAAAAGCAUAUCAUAAUAAGAUAUAUUCCAUAAGUUUCAGUUUAUGAACAUAUGGUAAUUCAUUGUUCAUAUUCAAAUGUUGAACAUAACAAACGGGAUUCCGCAUUGAUUCACGGCACCAAGCGAGGAGCUAUCAAUGAAUUUGUAUAUUUUAAUCUGGCAUGUUGUAAUUCCUAUUAAGGCUUUUGAUUUGUAAUUUCCAUCAGAGGCGCUUCAUGUUCCUUGUAUUAUUAUUGGCUUUGUUUAUGUGAACGUAUGGUCUCUGUGUGUCUUUCUGAUGAUAUUACUAGAUAAAUUUAUACAGUACUGUAA